GCUGUGACUUUGUUUGCAGUGAGCCACCUGAGCGACUUCCUGUACCAGAAACUUGGCUUGGGAAACGAUGAGGAGCCCGUGCACAUCCUCGACGAGCCCAGUAUAGACGGCAUUGUACGAUACAUCAAGAGUGGAAAAUGCAAAAACAUCAUUGCUAUGAUUGGAGCUGGCAUAUCUACAGCGGCGGGAAUCCCCGACUUCCGCAGCCCAAAUAGUGGCAUCUACUCAAAGUUGGGGAAGUUCAACCUACCAUCACCAGAGGCGAUCUUUGAAAUUGGAUACUUUCGGAGGAAUCCGGCACCCUUUUAUGCCCUGGCUCGCCAGCUCUUCCCAAAGGAUCUUAAGCCAACGCUGAGCCACUACUUCUUGCGGCUACUGCACCAGAAGGGCCUGCUGCUUCGUCUCUACACUCAGAACAUCGACUGCUUGGAGCGAUUGGCAGGUAUCCCAGCGGAGAGCAUCGUGGAAGCGCACGGCACCUUCCACACCUCUCACUGCUUGUCGUGCAACCGCGAGUACUCCCUUGAUUGGCUGCGAGAGCGAAUAGCUGCGGAACCUGUGCCCCUGUGUUUGGACUGCAACUCCCCUGUCAAGCCAGAUAUCGUGUUCUUUGGUGAAAGACUGCCCAGUCGGUUCUUCGACCUGUCGGAAGAGGACUUUGCCAGGUGUGACCUGCUGCUCAUCGUGGGCACUUCCUUGCAGGUGCAGCCAUUCGCUGGACUUGUGGACAAGGUGCACAACUCUAUUCCUCGGCUCUUGAUCAACUUGGAGAAAUGCGGACAGGACAGCCUGGUCAGCAAGAUCCUGGGACUUGGAUGUGGCCUUGACUUUGACUCGGAGGCAAACUUCAGAGAUGUGGCACUCAUCGGCACUUGCGACAAUGGCUGUCGGGAGAUGGCUGACCGACUGGGAUGGAAGGAUGACUUGAUGAAGCUGAUUGACCAGGCAGAAGCAACCAACUCUGAGGAAACAGCAUCCCAAGAGAAAUGCCAGCAUGUAGAGGCGCCGAAGAAGUGAUGAGAGCAAGUGAUGGACAACCGCGCCUAACUUUCAAGUGCUUGUGGAUGUGCAGGAGUAACGGCCAUUUGUCAUAAAGGUUGCUUUGUUGUUCA